AUGCGAAAGCUGGAAAGGGACGGCAUGAUGGUUGAUGGUCGGCAGCUACACAAUCUGUGGUUUGCUGAUGACAUGGUCUUGAUAACCUCUAGCAUCACUCGAGCGGAACGAAUGCUGACCGAAUUCGACGAAAUAUGUGGAUGCAUCGGUCUUCAGCUGAAUCUACAAAAAGCGAUGUUCAUGCAUAACGGAUGGGUUUCGGAUGCCCCUUUCCACGCUCAACGGUUGAGCAUACGCAAAUGCACCAGCUACGUCUAUCUGCGUUAUUAA